AUGCCCAAGCAUGCAGAGAUGCAGUCAGGAAAGCUAAAGCUCACCUGGAGUCAAAUCUGGUGCAUUAAACACAGAAUAGCUUUGUGCUCCAACUCUUCUACUGAUACAACCUUUUUUCUCUUUAAAGGUCAGUCCUAUGAAAUCCGGAUGCUAGAUAAUCGAAAAGCUGGAGACAUACCAGAGAUCAAUGGCAAACUGGUGAAGAGUAUUAUAAGAGUUGUGUUCCAUGACAGAAGGUUGCAAUAUACAGAACACCAGCAGCUCGAAGGUUGGAAGUGGAACCGCCCUGGGGACAGACUUCUUGAUUUAGAUAUUCCAAUGUCUGUUGGAGUCAUUGAUAUCAAGACAAAUCCAAGCCAGCUCAAUGCAGUUGAAUUUUUGUGGGAUCCAACAAAAUGUACAUCUGCUUUUAUUCAGGUACAUUGUAUCAGCACUGAAUUUACCCCUCGUAAACAUGGAGGAGAGAAAGGAGUUCCUUUUAGGAUUCAGGUUGACACUUUUAAACAGACUGAAAAUGGAGAAUAUACAGAUCACCUGCAUUCAGCCAGUUGUCAAAUCAAAGUUUUUAAGCCAAAAGGAGCAGACAGGAAACAGAAAACAGACAGAGAAAAGAUGGAAAAGCGAACUGCACAUGAAAAAGAAAAGUAUCAGCCUUCAUAUGACACCACAGUUCUCACAGAGAUGAGGCUUGAGCCUAUAAUUGAAGAUGCAGUUGAACAUGAGCAGAAAAAGUCCAGCAAGCGGACUUUGCCAGCAGACUACGGUGAUUCUCUGGCAAAGCGAGGCAGUUGCUCACCAUGGCCUGAUACUCCUACAACAUUUGUAAACAACAGUCCUACUCCUGCUCCAACUUUUACCUCUGCUCAACAUAAUACCUACAGUGUCCCAGACAGCAAUUCUUCAUCCCCAAAUCAUCAAGGAGAUGGAACCUCUCAAGGAUCUGGAGAGCAGCUUCAUCCUUCAGCCACAAUCCAGGAAACUCAGCAAUGGUUGCUCAAGCAUAGGUUCUCUACCUAUACAAGGCUUUUUUCAAAUUUCUCAGGUGCUGAUUUAUUAAAGCUGACAAGAGAAGAUCUGGUACAAAUCUGUGGUCCAGCCGAUGGAAUUCGGCUAUAUAAUGCACUGAAAUCCAGGUCUGUUAGACCCCGUUUAACAAUCUAUGUCUGUCAGGAGCCAUUAAGGAGCAUGCAACUGGAAAGACAAGAGGCAGGCAACGGUGAUAGCAGCAACGGUGCAAUAUACGUUUAUCAUGCAAUCUACUUAGAAGAAAUGGCAGCCUCAGAAGUCACACGCAAGCUCGCUUUGGCAUUCAAUAUUCCUUUGCAUCAGAUCAACCAGGUUUACAGACAGGGUCCCACAGGUAUCCACAUUCUUGUUAGUGAUCAGAUGGUUCAAAACUUUCAAGAUGAGAGUUGUUUCUUAUUCACCACAAUAAAAGCUGAAAAUGGUGAAGGCUUCCAUAUAAUUUUGAAGUGAUGUCACACAAUUGCUAGACUUGCUACUCCACCGCAGAACGAAGUCCUGCCUAAAGAUUAUGAAGAUCAUCCAAAAACCUUAGGAUCUAACUAACUUAACUUCACCGUAUAAGAUGUUUCAUAUUGAAAACACAAAAUGACCUUUCUAAUGAGCUGUUUGAUAGGUGAACUUUCUUAUCACUGCCAUAGCAAAGUGUCCUCAUGAGAGGUUGUAAUGCCACGACAGCUGACGUACAGGCAUGGGAGACAAUGUAAGCAAAGGUGCUUGCCCUUUCCUGAAAUAAGGCGAAUUAUGGCCAGUAGAUGCAGCUUUCAGAAGCGAAGCACUUGUUGCUUCUCUCUUCUCUGUAUCCAGUUGGAGAUGAAUGUAAACUUAUUUGGGGGCAUUUACCUUUCUGUGCCAGUUUGUCUGUUACCUGCUUGUACCUUACGCUGGUUUUAUUUUUUGAUGUUAGCAGAGCACAUAUUAAUCUGUGUGGAGACGAGUAGUUAAGCUGAUAGUGAUCAGGUUGUCGGGUCUUUGAGAGUAAAGCUGUCAAAACAGCUUCCCCUGUAAAUUGUGUAUAAGAGUGUAUGUAAGAAGUGUAAAUGCCAGAACAGGGCUUUUCAGAAGCCCCAGACAGAUGCAAUAUAUGCAUGCAGCAAACUGCAUUAGCAACAGUACCUUAUCAGAGGGAUUAAUAGAAAUCCUGUGGGGUACCAAGUAAUUGUGUUUUGCUUUAACAAAUUUAAUGGAAAUGAAUUGCCUAUGCAUCCUUUAUGUUUAGUUUCCUAGGUUCUCUGCGGAGCACUGCUGCAGUUUAACUCUUUGCUUGUAAAAUUGUGGGUUUAAAAAUACUAGCAGUGAGAGGUGGAUUUUUA